AUGGCGCCAUGUAGCAGUUGCUUCGGCUCCGAGACUUCCUACUGCGGGAGGACAUCCAUCGAAGCCCCUCGUGUUAUCGAUGCCCAAUCCCCCGGAAGACGAGGGCGACAGUCAGACGGAGUGACCGUGUGUGGCAGACCCGGCUGUCCGCCCAGGAAGGAGAAAUACUUCCGCGCAGUGCGCCGACUGUUUACACAGCUGGACCAGAACUCCGACGGAGGCAUCACCCGAAAGGAGUUCGAACGAGCGUGGAAGGAUCCGGUGCUCCAAACGGUCUUCGACGCUUUGGAGAUCAGCAGCACCGAUGCCUGGGAUCUUUUCCGACAAUUGGACCGCGAUGGAAGCGGGGAGGUGGAUGUCGACGAGUUUUUGGAAGGCUGCAUGAUGAUCAAGGGCCCUGCCCGAUCCAUUGAUGUGGUUUGCAUUAAGAAGGACCUGAUCGCAUGCGAUUUCGGUCCUCGCAGGGUGGCGGCCAAUUCUAGUCCCCUCUACAAGGUCAGGGCCUGCUGGCGAGAGCCAAGGCCAGUGGUGUCAAUUCUAGAGUCUGUCACCUAA